CACUGAAUUCGUCACAGUGUUGAUUCUCCGGCCAAUUGCGCGUAAUGUGGACCAUUUCAUCCAGCUGGAGGAAGGCUCGCACCUCGGCGGGCUUCCCCUCUGAGCUGCGUCCUCAGCGCGCACCUGGAGCCGCCGGAGACAUGCAGAGGCAACACCUUUUGGGCCGUUUUCACUCCCUUUUAUGAUACCGAGCCUGCGACCUGACUCUUGUGAUGGGGAGAAGCUGCGGUGCCCUGGUCCUGAUCCUGAUCCUGGUCCUGCUGGCCAUCGCUGGCUCCUGCCGCGCCGCCACGCUGGAGUCCAUCCACUGGAGCAGCUCCAACGCCAAAUUUACUCCCGGACAGGGAUUGGUGCUCUACCCUCAGAUAGGGGACAAGAUGGACAUUGUUUGUCCUCAGACAGAUGUUUCCUCUGGCGGGACGGAUGAGUUCUACAAAGUCUACCUGGUUUCCCGAAGCCAGAUGGAGAGCUGCACCAUUGACAAGAUGGACACCCCCCUGCUGAACUGCGACAAACCAUACCAGGAUGUAAAGUUCACGUUCAAGUUUCAGGAGUUCAGCCCCAACCUCUGGGGCCUGGAGUUCCUCAAGGGGAGGGACUACUACAUCACCUCCACCUCUACAGGCUCUCUGAAAGGUCUGGAUAAUACCAACGGAGGAGCGUGUAGGACCCAAUCCAUGAAGCUGGUGCUGAGAGUCGGGCAGAACUCUUCAGAUGCGCCUUCAACACUCCAGGAGUCUCCGACCAGAUUCCCACCCACACCACCAAAGUCCAAGGCCAAAGAUGCCUCCACAAAAGAAGAGAAGAUAAAAAGUGUGGGUUCGGACGCCGGACAAAGCGUCGGCUCGGGGCCGGGGCUCUACGUUUGGGUCAUCUCGGGCUGUGUGAGCCUCCUUUUGGUGAUUACUGUUCUGCUGGCAGUGCUGUGGAGGUACCACCAGCGCCGCUGCAUCCCUGACAGACAGCAGCAGUCGGCGUCCGUGUCCCUCAGUACUUUGGCUGUCCCGAAGCGGGACAGCAUCAGCAGCGACAAUAACGGCUCAGACCGCAGUGAUGUCAUCUUUCCUAUACGGGCCUCUGACAGCAUGAUCUGCCGUCACUAUGAGCGUGUGAGCAGCGACUAUGGGCCUCCUGUUUAUAUAGUUCAAGAGAUAAUGCCCCAAAGCCCCACCAACAUCUACUAUAAAGUAUAAUGUUUGCUCUGAGUAUUUACCAAAAUGGUGGAAAACAUACUUUUUAGCCACUGUGGAAGCUGUCAAAACUUUCAUGAAUACAGCUGAAAAGUGUAGGAGGCUUACCUGGGAGCUCUGUGUUGCUGUCCUCGUACUUUGAAAGAAGACAGAGAUGUCAUUGUUUAUUCACACUGUCCUGCACAAAAUGUGAUCAAAAUGUUUUGUUUUCUUGAGAGAAGAGACAAUCUGAAAGAAGUUUGUGUCAUAGUUGUGCUCCGUUUGUUUCGUGAGAUAUGCUUGGAACAGUUAUUUAUAAGAAAAUGAGUUUUAUUAACUGGUAUCACAUCUGGCAGCUUCAGAUGUACAGCACAUGUGUAUUUAUGUAAUUUACUGUUAAAUGUAGAAAAAGAUUGUUUUGCACUCUUAACACAUUAAAAUUGCAGGUUGUUUUUUUUUUAAAU